AUGUCUGAAAAUAUACUUGAUCUAUCUAACGUUUAUUCUCCAGAACUAUUUCAUCCAAUUAACAACUUAACGAAAUUGGAUAUCAGGAGAAAUAUACCUCGACCAAUAGUCUUUGUUACGGAUUAUAAUUAUCCAGAUAAUGCAUUCGGUAUUCUGACGGAGUUGUCGUUCUUAGCUAUCGAUAUGAUGCCUUUACCACACUUUGGAAGUGGGUUUGGUCAAAUGACCACUCUUAAAGAAUUGCACUUUGAUUCAUGUUAUUUAGUUCGCUUGUCGAAUGAAACCUUUCAGAGAUUUUCAUCUUCCGUGGAACAGCUUACUCUCAGACAUUUGGAUAUGAUGAAGAACCUGAAAACAAUGUGUGUAGAAAAUCUAGAUUUAUCAGAAGAUGGAAUUGUAGAUUAUGAGCCUGGAUCUUUGUUUUCCUUCGUUCACUCGGAAUGUUUACGACAUAUCUCCUUUAAAGGGAACAGUUAUUCGCUGAUUGUUGAGCGCGAGGUCUGGAAGUGCUACCAAUAUGACGUGUAUAUAUCAUAUGAAGGGGAUAUUGUCAUUUGGAUUAAGAAUGUAUUAAUACAAAAACUUGAGACCGAGUGGGGACUGACGAUGUGUAUAAAAGAUCGAGAUUUUUUAAGUGGUCCGAGUCAAGCGGACAACGAGGCAGAAAGCAUUAAAAACAGUAGAUCCAUUAUAUUUCUGAUCACGCCUUAAUUCCUAUCGUCACGUGAUUGCAUGUUCGAACUUGACAGGGAAAAGUAUGAAAGAAUUACAAAAAAUUUGGAGCGUAUUAUUAUCAUUACAAAAGAUACAACUAUUACUGAUAUUCCUGUAGAGUUUUCGUACAUUAUGAAUUAUGCGUUUAUUGUACAAUGGCCGACAAUUCCAGAAGAUUUUGAUGAUACUUGGAGGAAACUGAGGAUGUUGCUUACAGAUGGCUUAAUUGCUUAACAAUAAUUAUCGUCAUAGAAAUUGAAAACCAUGAACAUACCAUGAACGUUCAUUAUAAAACAUGUUCAACUACUCUUCAAGAUUU